CAACUCGGCGACUGGUACAAGCUUGACGCUUCUCUUGUAGACUGCGCUGGAGAUGAACUGGCUUAUGGGACUCCUCUUUUUAGGGGGGGUCUUAAAUCCCCCUCCUUCGUCAGAAGCAAUCCUUCAUCAACAGCAGAUGAAACUACUCGGUUCCUUCCUUCAAGAACUCGAAAAGGUCUAUUUUGAAGGUUGUUCCCUCAUCGUGUUCUAUAAUUCCUCCCUCUCUGAAGAGCAGAGGAAGAUUUUUCAACCAAACGGCAAGAGCGAGGGAGGCGAACAUCAAUCCUUGAUAGACGUUUUAUUUUCUUACGCGAGAAAUUCUACCAAGAUCGUCUUUAGUUUGAAAGAAGAUUUGCCAGACAUUCUCGGGGACAUUGAUCUGAAUACCAGAACGAGGUGUCCGGUGUAUUUAACCGUGUCAUCAGCGAUCACAGACAUCCACAACUUGUUCUUACUCGCGAACAAGGACUGGGACAAAUAUUUCCUGUCGCGUAAACACCUUAUUUUCACCGAGAGUCCCGCGGUAGACAUUGAUAACUUCCUGAGGGCUGAUGAACUGAACACCAUGACGAGGCUUCUCAUCCUUCGGCCGGGCUCUGAUUCGGAAUCGCUUCAGGUUGUCACCAAUCGUCCUUAUUCGAUGAACCCUCGCUAUUCAGCAUCCCACCGAUUGGCAUAUACCUUGACAACAUGGCGAGGCAGAGUUUUAGACCGGGUAGACGCUCAUUUCUUUCCGGACAAGCUCACCAAUUUCUUUGGAUACCAGAUGAGGGUGGUAACUUUCCACUUUCCACCCAGAAUUUUCAUGAUCGAGGAAGAGGACAGUUUCCAACUGUAUGGAGUUGACAUAGAUGUGGUGCAGGCCUUGAGUGAAGCUCUGAACUUUUCCCUGGUAUACAGCCGCCCCUCCGACAACGAGAUGUGGGGUUGGGAGAAGGACGAUGGGAACUGGACAGGCCUCAUGGGAGACCUGCAGCACAGGAGAGCAGACAUCGGGGUCGCCGACCUUUACAUAAUGGAGCCCUACUUUGCCAUCAUUGACAUGUCCAUUGCAUACGAUAUUGAGUAUCUGUGCUUCGUAAACGUAGUGCCAGGUCCUCUGCCUCAGUGGAUGGCCCUGGGGGCGCCGUUCCUUCUGAACGCCUGGAUAGCUGUCCUGAUUUCUAUUUUGGCUGGAAUGGUGCUCUUUGUUUUUAUAGUUAAAUUAGGCCUGCUCAGUGGCAAUGAAAGUGAAGCACCAUGGUUUCAAGACAUAUCGAACUUGUGCCUUUAUCUCUACGCAUCCGUGAUGAAUACAACUUUGUUUCGUGAGCCAAGGGCCUCCCAUCUGCGCAUCUUCACUGUCUUUUGGAGCAUAGCCUUUUUCAUCUUGGCCUCGGCCUACAAAGGCUCUCUUAUUUCUUUCCUGACAGUUCCCUUAGAACAGGCCCCAAUUGACACGCAUAGACAACUUUAUGAGAAACGCAUCGAUGUUGGAAGUAUUGGAUAUACGCUAAAACGCGUCAUGGAGAAGAACGCGGAUAGGUUUGUCCGUCUUUUGGCUCUGAGAUAUCAGCAUGUGCCUUCGACAGAUGAAGGACUGCAGCGCACUUUGAAAGGAAAGUACUCCUUUCUGGAAAGUCGUGGCUUCCUAGACUACACGAUCGCAGUUUACUACACGGACAAACGUGGGCGUCCAUCGCUGCACGCCAUGAGGGAAUACAUAGCACCCUUCGGCAUCGGUCUAGCGUAUCCGAAGUACGUUCCUUACAUCGAGAAGUUCAACCAGGUGAUUCGGCGGCUGACCGAGGCCGGGUUUGCUAAAAAGUGGAUGGCUGACAUCAUUCUUCGCAGCAAACGAGCAAAGGUUAUGGCCGCAGAGACCAACGACCAGGUGAGAGUAGCAGAAGGACCCGGCGAAAUCUCCAGUACCAAUAAUGUAUUCCAGCCUUUAAGUCUCGACAACCUUCAGGGAGGAUUCAUACUACUUGGCAUCGGACUGCUGCUCAGUGCAGUGGCUUUUGUAUUCGAGUCUCUGGCCAAACAGAUUUGUGGAGGCACAUCUGCAAUUUGUUGAAGAGAACGUUCCUCCCAAACAAUGGCAUUUUCUGCAGAGAACCUUCCGCAUAAAAUGGACAGUUUCGCCUGAUGACUAACUAUCUCACAACAUAAUUCUUUAUUCAAGGAAAAUUAUACAGCUUAGAAAAAAUUCAAAAUGACUAACAAUAUUGUUGAUGUUGACUUACAAGUUUUAAUAUAUAU